AUGCAUCAGAGAAAAUAUGCUUUGGAAUUGAUUUUAGAAGCUGGAUUAGCUGCAGCCAAACCGGAAAUAAAUCCAACUGAUGUCAACAUCAAAUUAACCUCUAAACAGUACGAUGAUUACAUUGAUGAGGCAGAAUGCUCAGAAGAAGAAGACAGGUUAGUUGAUCAAACUUCCUAUCAAAGACUAAGAGGAAAACAACUAUACUUGACUGUAACAAGGCCAGACAUAGCAUUUGGAGUUCAAACUCUUAGCCAAUUUCUUCAACAGCCUAAAAUAUCACACAUGGAAGCUGCAUUAAGAAUAGUAAAAAAAUCAGUUAUAGGUUUUUUAGUUAAAGUUAGUGACUCAUUAGUCUCAUGGAAGUCUAAGAAACAAACUACUAUAUCUCGAAGCUCUGCAGAAGCAGAAUACAGAAGCUUAGCAACAACAGUCGCAGAACUUAUUUGGCUAUAUGGUUUACUAACAGAAGUUGAUACAAAGAUACAGUUACCCAUCAAUAUCUACAGUGACAGUAAAGCAGCUAUACAAAUAGCUGCAAACCCGAUCUACCAUGAAAGAACCAAGCAUAUUGAAAUCGACUGUCACUUCGUUCAACUAAGUUCGAAUGAUGUUGUGGGAUGUGCUGGUACGUUUCAUCGAGGAUUCGAGGACCUCGGUUGGAAAUAUCUGUUAUCUGGUGUUGGAAAGUUGCAGGUCUCGGAUCUUGGAAGUGCGGUCGCGGAGGGAAUUUCGCGGACCGCGAUGGUACUAUGCGGCCGCGAUAGGAUUUCACGGACCGCGGUGAGGUUGUGCGGCCGCAGUGAAUUUUAUGCGGACCGCGGUAGCUGA